AAGAGACUAAAAUUAAUUAAAAAAGAGGACUAAUUGCAUGCGGAUUAUCUACAGUUUCCAGUUUCGCUGCUGCAGAUAUCCUCAUCUUGGACAACGGAUAGAAUAUACAACAAACUAAACAUCAAAAAAAUAAAACAACGACAUUUAUGCCAUCUCUUUCAAUGUCAUGUACCGUGAUUCCUAUUUUAAAUUGAAUCUUCUUCAUCUCUCGCAGUAUUCGUCGCCAUCAUCAUCAUAUUAUACCAUAUCCUAAAGCUGGAGACUGUUGUGAUAGCUGCGUUAAUGGAGUAUCCAAAGUAAAAUGCCAGACGACAGAGUGACAGUUCGGGAAAAGUAAGACAACGCCAUUGCCAUUAGCAAAACGACGACAACGGUAAACGACGUGAUUUCCCUAGACGAAUACACAACGACAUCGAAAGAAAUACGAAUCCGAAAACGUAAACGACAGCCCCAUUUCAUCCCGCAUUCAGCGAAUGUCGCAGCAUUAUCGCCUCAAUCUUAAAAAGAGGAGAUGAUGCAAUUGUACAUGUUAAUGCAAAAUCCUUCCAUCACAAUUUGACACUAAGGCGCACGGGAGUUCAAAUGUCAUACGCAUCGACACCACCAGGUGGAGAAGCGACAGCGACAUCGACAUGCGAAAAGCUGGUCGUGGUGACAGCGAAUACUAUAUUCUGCUCCAUCAAUUCUGGUAUUUGAAUUAGAGAGUUUUGUUUACACCUAGAGUGACGUCCUUGUGCCUUUAAGGGAGAGAAAGAGAGAAAGAGUAAGAAGAAAGAAAUAUAGAAACAAAUUUCAAACACAUAUUUAUACUCCUUGAAUUUGUUUGGUUUUUAAGAAAAGAAAAGAAGCAACGCAGGAGUACACAAAGAAAACAAUAGAAAAUGAUUUGUCAUCCUGGUUGGCGGGAGAAAAAGCAGCAACGACGACGACCCGGCUACUCAUGGCUGAUAGUGGUCCUCCUGACACUUGUCACCAAGUUGGAUGAUAAAUUGAUACUCGCCUGUCCGUCAGAUGUGUGCAUCUGCAAAUGGAAGGGCGGCAAACAGACGGUGGAGUGUGGCAGCCAGCAACUUGCAGCCAUACCCGAGGGCAUGGAUCCCGGCACACAGGUGCUGAACUUUUCCGGUAACAGUUUGCAAGUGCUGCAGAGCGAACGAUUCCUUAGGAUGGACCUGCUUAAUCUGCAGAAGAUUUAUCUGUCACGCAAUCAACUGAUACGAAUUCAUGAGAAAGCAUUUCGAGGAUUAUCCAACCUCGUCGAGCUGGAUUUGUCGGAUAAUUCCUUGCAACACGUCCCCAGCGAGACGUUCCAAGACUACACUUCCUUGAUGAGAUUGUCCCUCAGUGGGAAUCCUAUACGAGAAUUGAAAACAUCUGCAUUCCGACACCUAUCGUUCCUAACCACACUAGAGCUAAGCAACUGCCAGGUGGAGCGAAUCGAGAACGAAGCCUUUAUUGGAAUGGACAAUCUGGAGUGGCUGCGUUUGGACGGCAAUCGCAUUGGUUUUAUCCAAGGGAGCCACAUACUGCCGAAAUCCCUGCAUGGGGUAAGUUUGCAGAGCAACCGAUGGACGUGCGACUGCAGGUUGAUUGACAUGCACGCCUGGCUGGUGAACUACAAUACACCUCAGGCAGAGGAGCCCAAGUGCGUUGAGCCACCCCGACUAAAGGGUCAAGUGAUAAAAGCUCUGAAAAAGGACGAUCUAGCGUGCUUGCCAGAGGUGACUCCCAAAUCAACGUACACCGAAAUCUCAGAAGGCCGCAACAUAUCAAUCAUGUGCGUGGUGAGGGCACUCCCCGAGCCCAAAGUACUGUGGCUCUUCAACGGCCAAGUAAUGACCAAUGACAGCCUGCUGGACAAUCUACACAUGUUCUAUUACAUAGACGAGUCCGGUGGCGAGGAGAAGCGCAGUGAAGUCUUCAUAUACAACGUCGGCCCCGAAGAUAAUGGAACCUUCUCGUGUGUUGGCCAAAACAUCGCCGGUACUACUUUCAGCAAUUACACGCUUAGGGUGAUUAUCAAGGAGCCACCGGUGGUGAAGGAGGUAUCCUUUCCACAGGACUACAUGAACUACAUCAUUGCCAGCAGCCUGGGAGCAUCGGUUAUAUUCGUCGUCCUGUUAUGUACGGUUGUGAUCAAGUGCAGGCAGAAGAAGAAGCCAAAGAUGAAAAACAAGCCCCAGGAGACCACAACCACAAACGACAAUGGCAUGAUGAAGUGCUCGUCGAUAAUAAACGGCGAGGAGGAAUUGUCCUCGCCAAAGAUGGUCAAAGAGAAUGGUGUCGUUAUCGGUGGCCAGAUGAAACAGAAUCUGAUGAUGUACGCUCCUGUGGCACAUCACAUCAUGGACAACGGAAGCAUGCAAUUGACAUCGAGUGGCGCACCAACACCACCUUUAAUCGGUGGCAGCAACGAUGGCAGACAUCCUUUGGGGAUGAUAAGCGGCAGCAUAGCAUAUUGCUCGCCACCAUCGUCAGUCCGGAAUUAUCAGGAAAAGAAUCCGGACCUGGUCAACGAUGCUGAGAGUGGAAAGAAUAAAAUGAAGGCUUCGGCGUCCGAUUGUGGGGCAGAGUACGAGGUAAGUAGCGAUUGUUCCGGUCCAUGUAGUAUACCCCCUGGGGGAGUCGGAGGAGUCGGUGGUGGUGCAUUUGACAACUGCUACCAACUAUCGAAUCAAUUUGGCUCCCAAAUUAUUCGACCGAGUAGUGGUGUAGCACAUGCUCGUUUUACCGCUGCCAUGUCAACAAUUCCUCGGGGGCUCCACCUAAAGGCAUUGAACAACAACAGCAGCUCGAACGGAGGAAUGGGUGGCAACCAGCACCAAGUGGAUGUGCAUUUAAAUCCUGUGUGCUUCCUAGGACAAGACGGUUUCGCCUAUGACUUCAGUAACAAUCACUUGCAGCAACAACAGCAGGCGGUCCAAUCCAAUCAGCAACAACACUUUUAUCGCACACUGCCACACAACAGGGCCCAUAAGCAGCAGCAAUUCGCCGCAUCAGCGGCUAAUCCAGGUACCCGAUACAGCUUGGAAGCGGAAUUCCUUCAACGCACCGGAACCCCAACUUAUGAGAAAUACCACCUACCGCACGUUCGGUUCACGGCCGAGGGAUAUCCGGUGCAUCCAAUUGUGCAAUACCCAUCCCCACCAGAGGGCUACAAGGCUGAUUAUGGAGACCAGCAGCAGCAUCAGCAUCAACAGCAGCAUCAGCAGCAGCCAGCGAUGUUGGCAUCAACAGCUGCCACAAUUUGCACAACGAGUUCGGGCUUCCAACAAUGGCCACCUUGUCUGCCAGGCUAUCAUGCUCAACCAAUCCGAUAUCCGCCAGGAGCUAUGCCAACUUCGGCAUUGCCACCCUUGCAACAGCCACAGUCAAUUGUUUCGUCACCACCACCAACUCACCAACAGCAGCAACAGCAGCAGCAGCAUCAACAAAAGCAAUUGUCAAGCUCUCCUGCGACCGGAAACGGUCUAGCAACAGCAGCAGGAGCAGCAGCUGGAGCAGGGCCCAGUGUUAGCGGUACCGCUAUCAAUCAGGUACCAGUGAUCUCAAGUCACACGCAAACCAACACAAGCAGCACGGCGACCUCAACGUUCGAGGUGAAGAAACGAUGCGUGGGCGCCCAAACAACUGACAUGGAGUCCUCAUCCCCCAUCCCAGAGGGCGACGAAGAGAUACCAAUGCCACCCGGCCAACAACAGCAGGAGUCAUCGAAACUGCGCCAUCUGACAGGACCGCUGGCAGACAGUCCUGACGAAGGCUAUGUAGGCGAUUCGCAAGAGGGCUCCGACAUUUGACAGAGGGACGAAGAUGGCUCGACGUACGUAAGUGCUGGUUGUCUCGAUGAUUCAGUUGCUCUAUAAGGAGGAAAGUAUCUAAAACAGCAAUAUGUAUCUAUCAAACUAUAAGUAGGGUAUAAAUAUCAGAAAACACACUCUAUACAAACUCUCACUUGUUUAGCUGUGGUGUUGGUGGGUGCAUGACUUGAGUUUGAGUUUGGGUUCAAGUUAGGUGUGAGUUAUUUAAGGGUUGGGUUGGGUACGGGUUUUGGUUGAUGGGUUUUUGUGAAAAUAAAGCUUUGCAAUUGAAGUAUCUUGCCAUCAAUCGAAAACUUUGCCACGCACAAAUACGAGUGCCUCUGUCUCCUAGAUAUAGACAUUAGACAGUUCGACUAAAGUUACAAAUGAGAUGGCUUCGUUCGUCUAUAAUGUGAUGUGGGGGAUCCAUUUGCUCUGUCUCCUUCUCGUCGCUCCUCGCUAGUCCUUUUGUAUUCGGUUUUCGUUUUAUUAUAUAUCUGACGAUGGGUUUGAUGUGUUGCGGUGGAGGGCGGUGGCAGUGAUGGUGUGGUGGUGGUGAUAAUUGAAAAAGUUUGUUUUCAUCUAAUUUAAAGUUUAUCUUUCACUUAAAAAACAAACAAAAAAAAAUCCUUCAGAUUGUUGUUUUAUAUUUUUGCUUAUAUUUGAACUUUCGAUGUCACUCACAUAUUAAAUAAUAUCCUUUGUAUCCUUCAUAUGAUGUUUUUAAAACAAAAAAAAAAAACAAUUUCAUUAUAUUCGUUCGGUUGUUAGGUUGUUACACGUGUUGAACGUGAGAAAGUUUUCAUUUGUUGUGCUGAAUAUUUUCCUCAACUAUUAAAAAACACAAAAUUAGACCCUGGGUUCCUGACAUUAGUGAUGUGUUGAAAAAGGGAAAACCAGUUUCGCUACAAUGUAUUUAUCUAUGUAGGGUUUUAGGGACAAAGGACACGCAAAAGUUUUACAAAAGAGUUUUUUUUUGCAAUAUUUUUCGUUAGGUUUAAAAUUUACAAAAGUUAGUUUUGCACGGAUGGACGCAAAAAGUACUUCUAAAUACCUCAGAUUGGUAUCUAUAACCAUAAACAAUAUUUUUAACUGUAUAACUUUCGCACGGUUUAAUGUUUAAGGGAGUAGAGAAAGAUACCGGAUGUGGUUUCAUUUCUCUUAAUAACAAGUUAGAAAGUUAAGAAAGAAUCCUUAAAGGUGAAUUCUUCUAUUUCGUAAAAAUUAAAUUUUAAAGUUUUUAAUUCUUAGUUAAUCAAACUGAAUCCUAAAGAGAGAAACCGAAUGGAUUAUUUUUUUCAUGUGUUUUUUUAAGAAGAGAUUUCAAUAGUUUGUUAUUUUAAGUUUUUUUUAAAUACUUCUUCUGCAAAAAGCUUUAUUUCUACAAAAAACAUUUUUAAAUUAAAAAUAAACACAGUACGAGUAAGAAACACUUCAAUUUUAAACGAAAAACUCAGAAACAAAAUUUCAUCAAUCAAUAAAAAAACACACAACAAAUUAUACGAAAAUAUUUCUUCUAUAAAAUGUAAAUAAUUAAAAAUAGAAAAAAUAAAUUGUUAGAUAUCUAAGACUAUUUAAGUGCACUCUAAAAUAAAAAAUUUCUUAAGGUUAAACUAAAAAGUAAUAAAAAAAUAAAAAUAUAAAAACAAAAUAAACAGAAACAAAAACACUUGUAAAACUUAAUUAAACUAAAUGUAAAUACAAACUAAAGCAAAAAAAAAAAUAUUAAAAAAAUUAAUAAAUUGUUUAAAACAAAAAAAUAAAAGUAUUAAAAUAAAUACUAUUUAAAUUUAGGCAAACAAAAAAAAUUCAAAACACACAAAAAAAUUGAAACGAAGAGUGACAGUUUUUUAAUUUUAAUUUUAAAUGAAACCAUUUAUAUUAUUUUAAGAAUUUCAUAAAACAAACCAUAAAACUGUAUGUACUACAUUUUUGGAAAUACGAAAAAAAUGCAGAUUACUUAAAAAUAUGUGUGUCAUAUUUGAAUAACAUUUUACUAACCAAAGAAGAAAAAAUAAAUAAAAAAAAUCACAAUUCAGUACAUGGCCUUCAGUAAAAAUUAAAUACUUCCAAUCUAACCUUCUUAAUUAAAAUUUGAGUUCUACCCUGUGUACCUUUGUAAUUUUCACCAACAACAACAAAAGUUAAAAAUUAAUUUUAUAAAUUAUAAAAAUUAAUGAUAAACAAAACAUCAUUUAAUAAUAAAAAAAAUAUUUAUAUAAAUAGAUAUUUAUAAAAUUUGUAUUAAUGUAAAUACUGCAAUAAAAUUAAUUCACAUACAAAAUUGAAAAAUAAAAAAAUAUAAAAACGACUAAAAAAAAACACAAAAUAAUUUUUUAGUUGCAUUUUAUCGAAUUCUCUAGGAAAAAAAUCACAUUUUAGAAAAAAAAAAACUUUCACUUCGUGUAUUAUUAUUACUUACAUACAUUACAAAAAAUAAGAAGGGGCAAUUGGUUAAGAACAAAAGAAAACACACACAGAUUUAAAAAACAAAAUGAAUAAAUUAGGCAAAGUCUUGUACAAUGAAAAUGAAUUUUAGGUAUUUUAUAAUGUUUUUUGUAAAAAGAAUUUAAAAACAAUAAAAAAAAUAUAUAAAACUUAUAAAAUUAUUUCAUAAAAUGUAUAAACAAUAAAAUUAAAUAAAAUUAAUAAAAAUAUGUAUAAAUAAAAAAAAACAUACUUAAAAAAUAAAAGAAAUACAAAAAAAAAACUGAAUCACAUUUUAAGUAGUGUUGAUAUAUUUGGUACUGUAAGUUAUGGAUUAUAAUAAUAAUGAAAAAUAAA